CGAUAGUAGCGCCAUCAAUUUCUUGAAGGUGAUUAGUGUCGCGAGUUCUUUUUUGCGAUAUUUUCUUGUUUUUAUUUGUGAAAAACGAUUUUUAUCAUUUAAUUCUUCCGAUGUGAACUUGUUUUCGGUGAAGUUUUUUUGAUAACAUUGAAGUUAAGUGAGAACAUAAGUUUUUUCAAAGAGGACUUAAGUCAGUGACAAAUAGCUGUUGCUGAACAAAAACAAUUUACUUCUCCAUUUUCGUGAUCUCAUGGGAUACAUGUCUACAAGAGCUGCCGAAAUGCUUCUAACGGGUUUGGCGCCCGUUAGCGUGAUCGUGGGCGCGAGAUGAGUACGGCCGCGCUGCGGACGGACGGCGCGGGCGACUCCACGCCCGGCUCCGACGUCGGCGAGCGCAUCACGCGUCUCUUCCCCAAGUGCCGCCCGAGAAACAUGCAGCACCACACCGACAGACUGAACUCAGUGUUGGAAGGUCGUAACGACCACAACGUGAACGCGUUGUCGUCGGACGAGGACCGGCGCGACGACCCCGCGCAGCUCGUCAUCCUCAACUCCAAGGGAGGCACCUACAAGCUCAGGGACUCCAGGAUAAUAGAAAUAGCCGGCGGGCGGGAGUUGUACUCCCAGAGCCGGACAAAGGCGGUGAGGAAGCUGCGGCACAGCAACACGCAUAAACACAACCUGCGGAACAAGGCAAGGCCCGGGAAGGACUCCACCGACUACACUGAUAAUGUUAAUACUGAGAUACCCCUGCACAGGAUAAACAGUGAGCCGAAGAAGAUGGUGUCCCGCCACACAUCGCCGACUUACACCAACGGCGAUAGAGAAGCGAUCAUAGAGAAUAACUUCUCCAUCCCCAAAAAUAGCUCCCCGAUCCUAGACCCCAGGGUCGCGAACGACCUCAGCACUAAGGGAAGCCCUAUAGCCGUGGUGGCCGAUGGUGAAGUAGUCGUGUUCGACGAUAAUGAGGACUGGAAAGUGAUAUUGAAUUCUGUGUCCCUAGGUCUGCGGAAGGACCCAGAUGCUAGUGACAAUGAGAUAGACUUGAGUGUAAAAAGGACUUUAGACAAUAUGAAACAUUGUGAUGGUAGUGAUAUAAUGAACAAUAAGAACGGAGUGUCGAGUGAGUCUAGCGGGUCUUGCGACGAGCGAGGCGGUCAGUUGAGCGAUGCGAGCGUCGGUGCGUGGUCCGGGGAUGAAGACAAGAGGGUCCGGGUGAUCGGGGAACUGCCCAUAGCGGAGUACGAGGGGUCCCCGCGGCGGUACGGCAUUGGGUCUAACAUGACGAGCAAUACUACGUCGCGGUCGCCGCGCCCUGGGUUUCCUCAGAGGGUAGUGACAGAGAGCCGGGACAUCACGCCGCCGUCCAGCUCGGCCGCGUUCGACUACCUGUACGAGUUCUCGGAGACGAGGAAGGUGCUGGAGGAGUUCUUCCGCUGCCCCGCCGUGGCCGCGCAGGCGCAGCAGAUCGCCAGCACCGACGAGAUUGUCAACUUUCAGGAACUGGACUACUCCCUACGGCGGCAGACGCAGCAGGAGUGCGGGUCGGAGAACGGCAUCGAGGCGGGCUCCGAGUCCGAGUGGCCGCUGGACUCGCCGCACGCCACGCACAACCACACCAACUUCCUGGGCCUGCAGCGAGGCGGGCACCGAGUCCGAGUGGCCGCUGGACUCGCCGCACGCCACGCACAACCACACCAACUUCCUGGGCCUGCAGGUGCGAGCAGCUCUUAUUGUGUGCGACACAGGGUCCAUGUUGCACUAGCGAGGCGGGCUCCGAGUCCGAGUGGCCGCUGGACUCGCCGCACGCCACGCACAACCACACCAACUUCCUGGGCCUGCAGGUGCGAGCAGCUCUUAUUGUGUGCGACACAGGGUCCAUGUUGCACUAGCGAGGCGGGCUCCGAGUCCGAGUGGCCGCUGGACUCGCCGCACGCCACGCACAACCACACCAACUUCCUGGGCCUGCAGCAACGCGAGCGCGACCGCUACGCCCGCUCGCCGAACGUGGCUGCUCUACGAGUGGGGGCCGCCUGGUCCGGCAGCAGCUCCCCCCGCGCCCGCCCCCGCGCCCCCUCGCCCGACACCAGCGACGACGAGGAGCGGCUGCACGCUGAUCUGGACCUUAUGCUGAUGGAGAACGAACUGGAUGAGCUGAAAGGUAUAACAGAAUGUUCUAGAGGUAAUAUGAGCGUUCAUCUGCCCAUAGUUGAAGACGGAUUGUCGUCGGGCCACGCCUCCGAUACCGACAAUAAUAACCAGAUGCCGAGUCUACAGAGCCACACAUCCGUGAUCUUGGAAGAGGCAGCGGAGAGCGGCGCGGCGGACGCGCACGCGCUCUCCGACGCCGAUCUACACUCGCUGGACCCACUCGAAGUGGCGCCGCCGCCACCCGCGCCCGCGCCGCACCGGCCGCCAGUGGAGCCGCCCGCGCCGCACCCGCCCGCCAACAAUCAUGAAACUAACCACACGGAGUACAACAACCGGAAAAGGCCAAAUUCGGCGCAAAGUAACGAAUCAGUAGAAAUCAAACCAGCGAGUGGAGAAGAAGAUGAAGCUGACACGGAUCUGGAAACGGACCGGCUACUCGGGCAGCAGCGGACGGACGACCAGGGAUUCUUCGAUGAUAAGGGAUGGCGCAAGCCGAAGUCCCGCACGGUGAUGCCGGCGGGCAGCGCGACGGGCGCGCGCUCGCCCCCUCACCCCGCCGCCGACCCCGCCGAGCCACGGGACGACCACGUGUCGCUCAACAACAAGGACAAGGAUGCUAAGAAGAAAAGUAAAAAUAAAGAAGCGGUGAACCGUUCAGUGCUGAUCGAGGGCGUGCUGUUCCGCGCGCGCUACCUGGGCUCCACGCAGCUGGCGUGCGAGGGGCAGCCCACCAAGGCCACGCGCAUGCUGCAGGCCGAGGAGGCCGUGGCCCGGAUCAAGUGGGGCUGCGAGGGGCCCUACUCCGGCGUGUACGCGGCGCCGGCGGCCGUCUUCCGGCUCACCUUCCUGGGCUCGGUGGAGGUAGACGAGGACUCGAGGAGGCGCAAGAAGCGGCCCAAAAAGAACAUGGUGGAGGAAGCCGUCACUAAGAUCAAGGCAUUGGCGCCAGAAGGAGAAAACCAGCCAAGCACAGAAGUUGACCUCUUCAUCUCAACGGAAAAAAUAAUGGUUCUAAACACGGAACUCAAAGAAAUAAUGAUGGACCACGCGCUCAGAACAAUAUCCUACAUCGCCGAUAUCGGAGACUUGGUGGUACUCAUGGCGCGAAGGAGAUUCGUGCCCCACGAGACCGACUCCGACCAGCCGAAACUGAACCGUACGCCCAAGAUGAUAUGCCACGUUUUCGAAAGCGAAGAGGCGCAGUUUAUAGCGCAAUCGAUCGGCCAGGCCUUCCAAGUGGCCUACAUGGAGUUCCUCAAAGCGAACGGCAUCGAAGACCACAGCUUCGUCAAAGAAAUGGACUAUCAAGAAGUUUUAAACAGCCAAGAGAUUUUCGGCGACGAGCUCCAGAUGUUCGCUAAGAAGGAGUUGCAGAAGGAAGUGGUGGUUCCGAAGACCAAGGGGGAGAUUCUGGGGGUGGUGGUGGUGGAGUCGGGCUGGGGAUCGAUGUUGCCGACGGUGGUCAUCGCGAACCUCGCUCCGGCCGGCGCCGCCGCUCGCUGCGGGCAACUUAAUAUAGGUGACCAAAUAAUAGCGAUCAACGGCGUGAGUCUAGUGGGCCUGCCGUUGUCCACCUGCCAGACGUACAUCAAGAACUCCAAGAACCAGACUGUGGUGAAACUCACCGUGGUGCCGUGCGCGCCCGUCGUCGAGGUCAAGAUAAAACGGCCGGACACCAAGUACCAGCUAGGGUUCAGCGUGCAGAAUGGUGUGAUCUGCAGCCUGCUCCGCGGCGGCAUAGCGGAGCGGGGCGGCGUGCGCGUCGGGCACCGCAUCAUCGAGAUCAACUCGCAGUCCGUGGUGGCCGUGCCGCACGAGCGCAUCGUCAACCUGCUGGCCACCAGCGUGGGCGAGAUCCUAAUGAAGACGAUGCCGACGUCGAUGUUCCGUUUGCUGACCGGUCAAGAGAACCCCGUGUUCAUAUAAGCACCGAACGUGCCUGCCCCUAGCGCCCUCACCCACCGGACUAUCAGUCACACAAGCUUAGCACACCAUACCCGAAAACUCAAGCCAUAAAGCUCCAAGUCCAGCUAACACACGGCAGCUAUCCGCUAGUCUAAGCUAAGUCAUUUAGGAAAGCAUGCAGCGUAUAGAAAUUACUAAGACUUACAUAACUUAGCAUACACCAAACAAAAGCUAUAUCACAAAAACCAAUUUAUAAAUUUAAAUAUGGAAAUGUAUCACUGCAUAAAAUCUUUCAUUUUUAUCGGGUUAAACUUAAAAGUGAUACUGUACUGUAAGUAGGGAUUAUGCAGUGAAUCAAAAUGAAUAUUUUUACAAGUGGCUUGAAUAUGCUUGAAGAUUUAGUGAUUCGCAAACAUUCAAAGAAUUAGGUUUCGUCUCGCAUACUUGCAUCAGUGUCACUGUUGUGGAUUGCUAACAAAUAAUUAGCAAAAAAAACGUUUUUUCCUUAUACCUAGCCAUUGCUGCAUUGGUUAUUGUGGUUCAUAGUAACAUACCUAACACCUGCUAGCAUAUUAUGACACGUUGGGAAGAAGAUUAAUAUUAAAAUUAAGUAGCAAUCCUCAACAACUAUCUAUGGCCGGAUCGUCUGGUGGAGACCUGACGAUCCAACACAAUCCGGCUCAUGACACUUCAUUUAAAUCACCGUGAUAUCUCAGUUAUGAAUGCUUACAAUGCUUUCGUGGCUACGAUACUAUAGUUGUAUAAGUUCUGUAUCUCUCUAUCUAGCUACACUUUUUGUGCUUACAAACAUUUUAGUCAUUGUCAGUCAAAAAGCAACUUAUAAUAAUUUCAAACAUAAUAAAAUCUCCAAUUAAAUAUUUAUAUACUUACUUUAGUAACUGGAACCAUAAAAUACACGUUACUAAUGAAAUGCUUGUGGGUACAAAACAGUGAAAUACUUAUAUUAAAUUUAAUUAUCAUGACAAUUUGUAAGUAUAACAUAACUCCAUUUGUAUUCUGAUUGUAUAUUGUAAUAUCAAACCAUUCAUAUCUGCUUAGGUAAACGAUUGUAUAAUUGCUAGAAACUAUGUUUUAUUGUAUGGAAUUUUUCAAAAUUAUGUGUGUGCAUCCGUCUACUGUACCUUACGGCAUUUACAAGUUGGGUUACCUGAAUUGUUUUACCUACAUCAAUUUAUAAAGCAGCGGUAGCACGAUAUAAAUCUUUAGUCAUUUCUCAUCUAUUCCUCAUUUACGUUCGAUAUUAAAUUAACUAAAGUAGCAUAAUAUAUACGCAAAACAAAACUAUUUACUUAGUUAUGAUCACUGUAUAAUUUUAUUUAUUUUAACCACAUAGGUAGUCAUAAAAAUGUGCCUGCUAUACCUACUUGAUAUUAUUACAUUUAAAUUGAAUGCGUAUUUCGUUUACGACUAAUCGCUUGAAUAUGAAAUAUUGCACAUGUAGCAGGUACGUUAGAUCGUAAGUAGUAUUUUAAGUCAGCCAUUCCAUUUUAAUAUCAUUGUUAUAUUUUUCUAAGAUGUUGCUUUUGAUUUGUUAUUUUUUAUAUUUUAGUAGAUCUGAUUAAUUUUUACUUGAGUUUGUUUUGUUAAUUCUAACUCUGCGCUAUUAUUUCAAAGCCCUCUUUUGAUUCGUUAUUACUGUAAUGUAUAGCUUAGACGUAGAACCAGAAGUUCUCAACAUUCGACAUCCACCAAGAGUAUUUUUGUGACAAAUCGGAUUCAAAUAUGUGCACACGCACAGAUGUUGAGAACCUGGAGGUAUCUCAAGGAACAGUGAUCAAAAUAAAGAAAAGAAUUGAUUAGUGCUAUAUAAUAAUGAGAAAUGAUAACAUUAUUUCGUGUAGCGUCUCAAAAGAUAUAUCAUAUUUUGUAAAUUUUAUAGUGUCGCCUAUAGCUAUACUUAUGUAUCUUAUAUGUAUGUAUGUUCUUAGCCAAGCUUAGCGCUCUGAGGACGAGUUUUCUAUACGUACAAUAUAACUGAGUAAGAAGGGCGGUAUUUAAAUGUUCAUACCUACCUUUAUCUUAAUGUUAGAAAAUAUGUAAACCAUGAAGAUUUCGCUAUUUCGUAAAAGCUUAAUUAUUGUUCCUUUUCCUCUUCUGUAACUCAUUCGCCGGUCAGUGUCCUCUGUAUAAAGAACCUUUUCGUCCUACAUUUUUAAUUCCCUUGUUAAUGUGUUCGAAAAAAUAUAAAUGUGUAGUUGGAUGUAUCCAAUCAUUACUUUUCCUAUGUACGGACCCUGGCCAUGCUCCUUCAUCUAAAUAAAUAUUAUAUAAAGUGUAUGUUUUAAUAAUAUAGUCUGAUAUGUAAUUUUAUAUUGCUAGCUGUUGUGAAUAAGAUUUUUAUUUACAUUGAGAAACACAGAUAAUAAAUAGCCUUUUAUUGUGAAUGCUGAUAUAUUGUAGUAACACUGUAACAUGUGAAAUACCUGUUGUUGUUCUCAGUUCUAAGAGUAUUAUUCUAGUCUGCAUUAAAGUUAAGAAUAAACUGAACAAUUUACUUA